AUGUCAGACUCGCUGCUCAACCACUCCUGGCCAUCGUUUUCCAAGCGCUGGAAGAAGAGAUGGUCCUUUAAGCGAGGCUCCGACUGCAAGCCCUGCUUACGGGAAUUCCCUGACCACAGCACCCCUGCUUUGGAGUACCCCGACCCCAAAACCUUCCUCCCAUCCCUGAUCGCUGAGGAUGACACCUUCUGCACCAGCAUGGCUGAAGAAAAGGAGGACUCGUCUUCCACAGAGCUGGAUGUCCCCGCGGCGGACUCGCACAGCAGCACGGAGGAUCUCCUCUCAGACUCUGCUCUCCACGGCACGGAGUAUUACAGGGAUCUGGGACUCCUGAGCCCACCAAUUGCCAAAGCAGCGCCAGAGCCGGCAGCGCAGCCAGAACAAGCAACCCAGGCUGUGUCUGCCAUUCGCUUAUUGGAAGAGAGACCGGGGGCUCUGAGCAAAAUGUCUGUGGAUGUUGCUUUUUCCAAUCCUGUUUCCUGCUCCAUACGUUACGGCGAGGCCGACUGCCGUUUUCUGAACAAAGGCCCCGUUUGCUCCUGUGCAGCGGUGCCAGAAGAUGGUACCAGCACUUCUGAGUGUCCUGCAGAGGCAGACAAAGAGCUGGACCUGCAGGAAGCCAAGGAGUCCUUCCCCACGCUGGUGAGAUCUAUGUCCACCUCUCGGAGGCACAGCUGGGAGAGCCCCUUAUCACCCGUGGACUGCAAGCGCAGGUUCAGCCUGGACGCCACAGAGAUGGGCAGUGACCCAGAGCAGGAGGAUGUGGAGAAGGGGAGCCAGGCCUGCCCGCAGCCUCGCGUGGCCCUUCAGCUGCCCAAAGGGGAACUGGAAACCUGGAGCGGUGGAGGGGGUGGCAUGGUGAUCAAAGUGGAGAUAGAGCCGUUGUGCCCGAGCCUCACGCUCAGCCCUGGCUUGGAGGAGGCGGAAUGUGGCAGCAGCGGGAAGAGAGUGAGGUCAAAGUCUGUCCCAUCAGCCUGUGAGACGGUUGCCUCCCCUCAGAUCCCUUUCAGCUUCGACACUUCUCUGCCAGCCAUGGAAGAUGUUGAACCCCCUGCUCUGGAGAUGCUGGAGAAGGACCACGUGUCCCCAGACCACGUGUUAAUUGUCCAGCAGGUACUUCACGAGCUGAAACACUAUCAUGGGGCAAAGCAGAGAGCGUGUGUGCAAGAAGGCGGCGAUUCCUCCCAGCAAAACCUCACCUGGUUUGAGUUCCUGUCUAACACAAAUGAGGACAGUGGAAAAAGCGAUAAAGCAGAGAAAGGCACAAAGGUGAUGCGACGUCUGAGUUCCCUGCGGAGCCGCGUCACCGGCUCCUGGCAGAAGGAUAAGGGUAAGAACAAAGAGCAGCCAAAAGAGAAAGAAAAGGAGAAAGAGACCAAGGAGCCAAAAGAGAGGUGGAAAGAGAUCAAUGGGCACCAGCUUGUGCCAGGGGCUUUCUCCAGUUGCACCAGCUGCUCACUGUGUGCCAAGCCUCUUGGAAAUAAAAGUGGUCUGCAGUGCCUGAAUUGUGCAGUGAAUGUCCAUAAGAACUGUAAGGGUUUACUGGCUGAAUGCAGCAGCAUCAGACCCAAGCAGAAAGAUUUGCAGCACAGACCUUCUGGAUCUCCACAAAGUUCGCCCCAGUGCAUUUCCCCAGCCGCUUCUUUGAAGGAGCAGCCCCAAAGUCUUCUCCUGGGACCGGAUGGCACCCCAGUACUAUCACGGAAUCUCGGUAUGACUAUCGCCCAAAGAGGAAAAUCUCAGUCUUCAUUGAAUACUCCUGGAGCUGUUAAUAAAUUUGGACUAAUUUCAGGAGACAUGGAUGAAGGGGAUUCAGGCUUUAUAAAAUUUAAGCAGACUUCAGAUGACGUUGUCGUGCUUGCACCUUCAACAGCAGACUCCAUUUUUCUGGAAGAUGCAUAUUACGUAUCCCUCCGAAGUGAAAUAGAAACAGAUGCUCAUGAGUUUGAGGCAGAGUCUUGGAGUGUUGCAGUGGAACAGUCUUAUGCAAAAAGACAAAAGAAAGACGUUAUAAAAAGGCAAGAUGUCAUUUAUGAACUAAUGCAGACUGAAAUGCACCAUGUUAGGACACUGAAAAUAAUGCUGAAGGUAUACUCCAAAGCCAUGAGAGAGGAACUGCAGUUCCCAAAUGCAGUCAUCAACAAGCUUUUCCCCUGUGUGGAUGAGCUGCUGGUGGUGCACGGGCAAUUUCUGCUCCAAUUAAAGGAGCGACGAAAGGAAUCCUUGGAAGAAGGCAGUGACCGAAAUUACAUAAUCCAGAACAUUGGAGACCUCUUGGUAAAACAGUUUUCAGGUGAAAAUGGAGAGAGGAUGAAAGAAAAAUACGGUGUGUUCUGUUGCGGACACAAUGAAGCUGUUGCUCACUAUAAAGACCUGCUCCAAAGCAAUAAGAAGUUUCAAAAUUUAGUAAAGAAAAUUGGCAGCUGUUCCCUUGUGAGGAGACUUGGUGUUCAGGAGUGUAUCCUCCUGGUCACGCAGCGCAUCACCAAAUACCCAGUCUUGGUGGAACGCAUAACUCAGAAUACAGAAGCCGGAACUAGAGAUUAUGAAGACCUGACCCAGGCCCUUAGUUUAAUUAAGGACACCAUCACUCAUGUAGAUGCCAUGGUAAAUGAGUAUGAGAAGGGACAGCGCCUUAAAGAGAUUAUGCAUAAAAUGGAGCUAAAAUCAUCUGGGAAAUGCAAGAAUGGACUUUUCUUCCGGAAAGAUGACAUGGGACAGAGGCGGCUUCUGCUGGAUGGGAUGCUCUACUGGAAAGCUGCAUCAGGGCGACUCAAAGAUAUCCUGGCAGUCCUGUUAACCGAUGUGCUGUUGCUCUUACAAGAAAAGGACCAAAAAUACACAUUUGCAUCAGUGGACUCUAAACCACCAGUUAUCUCAUUGCAAAAGUUGAUUGUAAGAGAAGUGGCUAAUGAGGAAAAGGCAAUGUUCUUAAUUAGCGCUUCCUUAAAAGGACCAGAAAUGUAUGAAAUUCACACAAGUUCAAAAGAGGAGAGGAAUUCCUGGAUGACACACAUCCGCAGAGCUGUAGAAAGCUGUCCUGAUGAAGAAGGAGGAACAUUUAAUGAACCUGAAGCAGAGAAGAGGCUGGCUGAAGCAAGAGCUGCUAAGUUGAAAGAUUUUCAGGAGCGUUUGAACAUGAAAGACGACCUGAUUUUGCAAAGCCUAACUGAGAAGCAACAGAUUUAUCUAGAAAUGUCUGAAAUGAAUGGGUUUGAAGACCAUACCCAAGGAUCUCGAUCUAAGCUACUUCUUCGGGGGGAUAUCUCAGAAAAUCUUCAAGGAGAGGUGAUCUUGAAGUCCGCAGUGACCGAAGCUGAAAACCUCCAGAACCUUAUCUUCACUCACUUAGGCAGUGGAUCCUGUCAGCCUGAGGAUUGCUCUGGAUUGGGACUCCCUAGGAGAGCAGAGACCUUUGGAGGAUAUGACUGCAGUCCCUCAAUUUCAAAUAAAACUGGUAGCUUUAGGAAGAACAGUGGUGGUGACCAGAAACAGUGGGACUGGAGAGGCCCUGCAGUAGGUUCAGAUGUGCAACUCCACGACCUCCCUUCUGACGCAGAAGAAGGAUCUCAAACCUGUGAUGUGACAAGGCCGGAUGACAGCAGUGGUCCUCAGCCCACCAUAGAGUCUCAGCUUGUCCAAAGGAUACAAACAUUGUUGCAGUUGCUCUCCAGUCUUCAGGCAGUGAUAUCUCAGCAGGACAGCUACAUCGAGAUGCAACGAGCCACCAUGGUAGACCGGGAGAAGCAAUACCGGCUGCAGUCCACCCGAGGCAACCUGCUGCUAGAGCAGGAGAAACAGCGCAACUUCGAGAAACAGAGGGAGGAACUGAUGAACGUGCAGAAACUCCAGAGCCAGCUGAAGCUGGAGCAGCAACACCUGGAACGGGAGAGGAGUCGGCAGCAGAGGGAAUUUGAAAGCACGGAAGCUCAGCUGCAGGAGCGUGAAGAGGAGACUCGGCAGCUGAGGGAGAAGUUGAAUCAGGAGAGGGAAGAGCUGGAGAGGCAGCGAGAGGCCUAUCAGCAUGACCUAGAGAGGCUGCGGGAAGCUCAGAGAGCAGUUGAGAAAGAGAAGGAGCGUUUAGAUCAGCUCAGGAAGCUGAAGAAGCAGAACACAGUGUCAGGCACGUUCUCCCCAGAAAUGGGACAGAACCAGAUGCUAGGUCAUUCCGUCAGCUUCAAUGGAGAAGGGGUGGAACCAUCUGUACCCAUCCUGAAAGCCUCUGUGCGAGUGAGCGUCUCCGGGAUGGAUUACCUGGAACGGCCGGACUUGGUUCGCAGGGACAGCACCACCCUGGAGAACCGCCCUGCUCUUGCACUGAAGAAUGAAGUGCCAAUACAUCUCCUGAGCGCAACUAAUCAGAUACAGAAGCCAGCUGCAGUCCAGCAGCAGAUUCCUACUAAACUGGCCACUUUUACAAAAGGAAGCAAAGAGAAAGGUGGGAAGAACAAAGCAUCUCACAGGACAGACAGUUCAGCAUCUGUUGAUCAGAAGCAGCUACUCCCCCCCAGGCUUGUUGCACGAGAGGAGGGUGUUCUGAGAGGCAGACGAUCAGCAAGUCCAGUCCUCCCCAGCAGCCAGGCCGCUGCGUUCCAGCCAGAAUUGUAUGGCCCUACAGAUGCUCAGCCAGAAGCACUUUCCUCUGCCUCAGUGAACCUAUUCAAGCCCAAUAAUGGUCACGUUCAGACCCCGGUGACCUCUCAGCCGAGUCUGCUAAAUGUGCAAGAUGAUACCAGCAAAGAAGAUGUCAUUUUCUUCUAAUUGUUUCCAUUUAAAGAUUAAUCUUCUAACAUACUGUUUUAAGAACUCAGGCUUCAGUAUUCAACGUGACAGAAACAUGACAUGGAUGUCUCCUCUUCAUCUCCACCCCAUUCCUACUAGCAAGUACCAGACCAGGAUUACUGUUCUACUUUGUUGGCUUCUCUGCCAGCAGCUCAGAAUGAGGGCAUAGUAGUAAUAUUUUGCUUUUAAAUUCUCCAAACAUGGAAAUGUAUUGACAUAUGGCAUAGAUAUAUAAAUUCAGAGCAUAUUAAAAUGUUGCCAUUUGUUGUAAUGUGUUCUUUUUGGAGAAUGUGCACUCUUUGUGGGCACCAUCUUGUAAAUUGUUAUGGUUGAUGUUGAACCGCACGGAUUUUUAUGUAAAAAGUUUUAGUAGUGUGCCUCGAAGUGGCUGUGAAUUUUUAAAUCCUUUUUCACAGGUACGUGGUCAGGAAUGGAUUAUGCUACAGUCUGUUGAUAACUAGUUGACUAGGAAGCCAGUCUCCUUUACAGCCAGGUGUGACAGACAUUGUGAUACCCACUCAGAGGAGCCAGAGCAGCCUCUCUGUUUUAGUGAAUUCAGUGGAGCCACGUGCUCGGUGCCACGUACAGUGGAAGAGAGAAGGUAAGCUGCUUAAGGGAGUCUUCAGGGGGUCAGGAGCUCCACCUGCUUGGGCAUGAGAAGGGUUGGACAUGUCAGGAUGUACAGUGGUAAACGAAGAGCUGGACUAAAUGCACAUUUCACUGGCCAUCAGCUUGCAGCGGGAUACCCGUCUCCUUGGACACGUUGGGUUGCUCUCCACACUGGUGAGAGCAGCACAGGUUUCCGAGCAAAACUCAUGAGUUGGUUCAGAAUGAACUUAGAGACUUGGAUUUUGUUCUUUGCUAAAGAUGUGUAUAAGAAGCGUUGGAAUGCAGUAAUUUAUUGUCGUGUUUAAUCCUAAAUUUUCUGCAUCUUUUUUGUUUGUCUGUUAACUUGUUGGGACUUGGAGUACCAGAAGAUAUCAAAGCUGCUGUUACUGCAGAGGAUUCUCUGCAGCACUAUGUUAGGAAUGAAGGGAAUAAGAACUGUUUGGUUUUAAAAUUUAAAAAAAAAAAACACACAACCUCUUAGCUAAACCUGUGUUUGGUUAGCUGCUUACAGCUAAACCAGCUUUGAUACCUCUUGUUAAAUGGAUCAGUUCUUAAUCAUGAAAUGGUGGUGACAUAUUAAGUGUUCUGCUCAAAAGGCAUUAUUUCCCUUUGUAGUAAUUUGCACAGUCGUUUUGUUGUAUUGUAUUACUUCACUCUGUUCUUCAUGACACACAUCCCCUUACGGAUGUGUAUUCCCGUGUAUGUUGAAUGUGAGCAGUCAGACAUAUUGUGCAGCAGAGAGAUUGUUUAGAGGGUGUUAUUACAGAAUUAAACAGUAUCUCAGAGCUUCAAAACUUGGGUUAAUACCUUUCAGAACAUGAAUGAUAAUAGUUUUUUCAUACGUUUAACUCUGUCUUAAAGCGAUUUUUAGCACCAGUGGAUGGAAUGCCUGGUCAGGUCUCCAUCCAGCCGCCUGGCAACGGCAUCAAAUGGCAAUUUCUCAAUCUCCUCAAGUCCUGCUGUCUCAGUGGUCAGGUCCUGUGUGAUGUUAGUAAUGUUCUCUAAGACUGUAACUUCACUUUGCUUGAAAGUUCUAAAAUUAUUUCAGUAGUUACAGUGCAAGAAACAUUAUAAAUUUUCAGCAGAAGAUACAGAGUUUGCGUACAGAUGAUAAUUCGGGUUACUGUCUUCAGACACAAAACAGAAAAAUCCAAAUUUACUGGUCAGCGUGAGAGGGGAAAAGUACGCUACAAAAUACUGAAUUGGCCUUGGAUUUAAGGGUCUGUAUCAACCUGAAGCAAUGGCACUGAGUUCGGUGAGAGGAAACAACAAACCGUCUGGUUUGUGACCAGACUGGAAAUGCUCCCCCACCCCCAAGAGAUGAUUGCUGUGAAAUUGGACACACUUCACUAAUACCAAAGGGCUGCUUGCUAAAUCAGCACUGCAGAACUGACAGAUUAUCAGUGCGAGAUUGGCAGGAAACACUAUGGGGAACAUAGUGAUUUUUUUGCAUUGUUGUGAUACGAUGUUGAUGGUUAAAACCUAGUUCUACAUUAUAUUAAUUUUGUGCAUUCCUAAAAGCUAGGUUGGAGGAGAAUUCUUCUUAAAAUCAAUGUAACUUCUGAUCAAGCCAGCGUGUGAGAUCCAGCAGCUCUUUAGGACUGAUUCCAGUCGUCUCUGAUGGCCCUGUAAUUUCUCCUGUAAACAUACAGGGAAGCAGCAAGAAUGCACAGUGUGGUCUCUCCCUCGUGCUGUGCUUUGGGCCGCUCCUAGUGUAAACUCUGUGCCCCCAUUGCCUUAAAGUACCAGGUUUUUAGGAGUUUUAGCCUAAAGUGAGGUUAUACCAGUGGAGUAAACCACCUCAACCAGAGGGGUGUCUCUGGGUAUUUGAAAACAAUUUUUGGAAACAUUUAUUUGGUUUAAUUUUGUGCCUGUCCUAAAGUACGGGACAGAGUGUUCUGUGGACUAAAGGUGUUCAUUUGACUACUCUCUUCUGUGCAGUGAAGAAACUCAGAUAUAGAACAGUGACAGCUAGAAAAUAAAGUCUGCAGCGAGGUCUCAUUUCUUUAAAGGUCUUAACUUAAACAUACUUGUUGUCAGCAGUGCUUUGGAUAAGUUCUGGCUGUUAGAACUUAUCCAAACUUGUCAGACCCAGGACUGUUACAAGCGAGGCUGUUGGUUCAGCACCCCAGAAGCUCUGUGGAAUAUGGGUCUUCAAUCUGUAACUGAGAAAUUACCUUAAACGUCGUUAUCUGUCCUCAGUACACAUGUCUAGCUGCAGCUAGCUUUGUGAAAACUGUUUUCACCCUGAAUAGAGACUGCAGCUCCUUUCCCUUGGGUCAGAAUUUAAGUGCCAUACCAGGUAUUCAUGUGGCUUCCUGUUAGUACCGUACCCAGCCUGGAGAAGGUUUCAGAAUUAGCAAAUGCUUGAGCAUGUCCUUGCUAGUGCAGAGUUUACCAUACCAGAGUAUGAUACAGUUAUCUGUAGAAGGCUGAGGGAAGCAAGUGAAAGAUUUUUCUUUAAAUGAAUAACGGGGUCAUCUUUUCACUUCUGCAAAACUGAAGGUGUGAAAUUGUUAUCAGAUCACUCCAGUUGAGUGAACUAGUUUUGGACUCUUUACUCAAAUCUCGUUCCUAGAAAAAUAACUUUUCUAGGCAAAUCAGAUUGCAAAAUAACUGCUGUGUCCUGGGCUAAUUGAUUCUGAGUAAUAUCCUUUCCGUUUGACUUUUUGAUUACUUCAGAUAAAUGUUUCCUUUUAAGUGAUAUCUGAGGAUUAGACAGUUCAAAAUUCUGUGCCUCCCAGGUGCCUUGUGGCUUCUUUCUGAGCUGGGGUGUGGAGGAAAUUUACAGCACGAGCUUUGAACUGCCUUCUUUGCUUUGUAUCACAGCCUUAAAAUGACUGUCAUGUUUGUCCUUUAAUAUUGUGACGUUGCAAUGUAGAGGCUGUUUCUAUGGUUCUGAUUUUCAAGUUUAACUCUGGUGUACAGGAUGCUUCCUCUUUCCCUUCCCAUCUGGAAUUUUGUGUUCCAGACUGAGGAUCCCUCCGCGUUCACUAGCGCUGAGCACAUCUGCCCUGUGUGUACUGUAAACGCUUUCCGAGUUUUGAACUGUGCUAUCUGUGGAUUGUAGUUGUGGCAUGUCCCACAAAUUGAGAUCGCUAAUCAUUUCCCAGUGUGAGGCAGAAGAAUUGGUAUUUCUAGAGAAGCUUGCUCAUCAAGGUAAUAGCAUUCCUGCAAAAGUAGGAGUCAUUCUAAAUAAUUUGCGGACAGCUUCGUCUUUCUGAGUAAUAGUCAGAUGAUCCUGCAUACAUGGAACUUGGUGUUUGUCAUUUGCAUUUCCAAUGGAAGUUGAAACUUAAACUGGAAAAGGGUUAAAAAAUACGUAUUUUGUUUCACUUCUACUUUCAACUCUGCAGAAUAGGAGCUGAGGCUCUGCGGUGCUGCUCGAUGGAGUCCCUGUGUGUUGUGCCCCUGUGCAAGGGAAUUUGGAGCAUUUUGUUGUCUUCCCCAGCAGUUCUCUCAUUUACAAGAAGAAAAAAAAGUCUUCUUAACACCAGGUUACGCAUGUGCUACCCUUGCCUGACCCUCUUGCUGAAUAGGUAACAGAAAAGCCUUUUCCCCUGCUCUCUCUUUCGAGGCCAGACCCAACAUCUUCGUAACCACUGGCGGCUCUUUAUCAUCUACCAUCUGCAUGUUCUUCAUCAGAUACCGUUUGUGUGAGCUCUGGUUCAUACCAUUUGUGCCAUGUUUAUAAAUCAGUUUUUUAUAUUUUUGUACUGAAAGAAAUUGGAGCACUUUAGAAAAGUUUAUUUCAAAUUCCAUUUCUGUUUGUACCUGGAAGGAAAUCUCUCAUGAAAGUAGAUCCUGUUGGCGUAACUGCGUGCAUCUCACUCAGAGCUGUGAACUUUCUUGAUGCUCUUUAGUCUUAGGUCUGGUUUCUAGGCCCACCUUGCACUGUAAAGAUUUAAUAAAUAAUCAUGGUCCAUGGUUAAAUUGACCAUUUUGUUGGGGAAGCAUUUGGUUUUGGUUUUUUGUUAGGGUGUAAACAUUGUAAAUAAUUCCUUUAUUGUUGAUACUGCAGUAGCAGCAUCUUUGUAGUCUAUUUUAUUUGUAAAGUUGAUGGUUAAAUGUUAAUAUUCUGUUGAAUUGUGCACUCUUAAUUAAUUGUAAACUUGAUCUUAGCACACCAAAUGAUUUUUACAAUGAUUGCAAUGUUUCUCCACUGAAGGAUUUCAGAGCUGCAAUAGGACUGAAACCAACUUCUAGCAAUAAAAAAAAAAAAAUUUAAAAA